AUGGCUACGAGACAGCUUUUAAUCGCGGCUGCUUUACGUGAAGAACGAUUGGAGCGUAGAAGGAACCGGUGCCGCCUGCGUAAUCAAUUAAAUAUUUCAAAUAUUCCCGAUCUAGAGUUUGUCGGAAAUUACAGACUUAGUCGGGAAUUAUUCGAGGAGUUGUGCCAGGACAUAGUGCCUUUAUUGCCUCCAAAGGGAAGACGACAUGGAAUCGAGCCCACACUUAAAAUACUUACUGCUUUGAAUUUUUAUGCCCGAGGAAGUUACCAGGGGUCAGUGGGACAAAAUAUGGAUGGGCCCAUGGCACAACAGACAGUGUCCCGUUGUUUACAAGAAGUAACAACUGCACUUAAUGCACCCCACAUACUAAGGAAGCACAUAAGAUUCCCACAAAAUAGGAAUGAAAGGAAUCUUAUUAAGCGGAAAUUUUAUGAUAAAUAUGGGCUACCCGCUGUGGUGGGGUGCAUCGAUUGUUCACAUGUAGCCAUAGUGAGGCCUUCGGAGCAUGAGGAACAAUAUUUUAAUCGAAAACAUUUUCAUUCGAUUAAUACUCAAGUUAUAUGUGACAGUGAUUUAUUAAUUACAAAUGUUGAUGCUUCAUAUGGUGGAGCAACUCACGACGCUUAUAUUUGGAGGGAAUGUGAUUCUGGUUAUGCUCUAAGGGAGCAUAUGAUGACACCUGUACAUAAUGCUGUUGAGAACUCUCCAGAGGGAAGGUACAAUUACCUCCAAAAACGUGCACGCUGCACCAUAGAACGCACAUUUGGUGUAUUGAAGGGUCGAUGGAGAUGUCUUUUGGCAGCUAGGGAACUCCAUUACUGCCGAGAAACAGCAGGUAAAAUUAUAUUAGCCUGCUGUGUUUUACACAACAUGUGUAUAAGGGCUGGUAUUGAAGGUCCCGAGUUGACUGAAGAGGAACACCAAUCGGAGAGAACCAGGCAGGUUCCCUUUGAAACGGCCGCAUCUUCUACUCAAGCUCUACAGGCAGGUCGAAGGGCAAGGAAUUCAUUAAUACAAAUGUUAGAAAGGAACCGGAGAUAA